AUGGCGCGCUCGAAAUCUCUGAGGGAGGCCUGUGCCCAUCCAGACUCACUGUUUACGCUCCCACAAGAUGAUCUUCUACACAUGAUCUAUCAAGAUUUCACUAGCGAUCUUGACCGCCUCAAACGAGCAUAUUCCAUUCGCUCCUGUCAAGAAAUCCCUAUCACUACCAAUUCACCUUCCUACAUCCUGUACCAAGCAGACUAUGACGAAGUGAACAGAACACUAGUGGGGUUCCUCGCCUUGCGCUGGAUCCACUUAGGACAAUACGACGAAUUUGUCGGCUCCCAGCCCCCAGACGUCAGAUUAGACAGACAAUCAUUUGAAUGGAUACGACAGUUUUACACCCAAGCCAUCACAAAUCCCGACGCGCUCUAUGCCUUGAUCACCUCUAUCGUCAUUAACGACCUGGGCAAGGACCCCCAACUGGCAUCAGAUUACCAGGAAGUGACAGGCAUCGACAUUACAGAUCUGAAUCACGAUGCGAUUCUUCUCAAAGCCUGCACCGUCGGGCUGGUCCAAUCCCUGGAUAAACUACCAGCUCAUUACAAGGAUGAUCUCGUCCGCGGCAUCGAGCUCGGCGCAACUUUUAAUUUUGGACAGCUGGCCCAGGCGGAGAACGUCCCGGUCUGUCUAUCAGGGCUGCUGGCAAUGAAGUAUAAACCAAGUUGCUUCCAGCUUCGUUUUAUGGAGCAGCUUCUGGAUAUCUCGGGUGCGGCGGGCCAUAUGGAUUCUACUUGUGCGAAGAAACUCAUUCAGCCUAUCUUUGAUUCCUACCGGAAUGUCUAUGAUGCGUGCCAGAGUGUUAUUGGUGGUUUAUCGGAUCUUCGGGAAGGAUAUGACUUGGUUCUUUCGAGACGGGCGCGCUUUUUACAUGGGAUGGGAUUCAGGUUGUUAAGUGUUGACGAUGCGAACGAUCGAGCGUUGAUGCGGCUGUUUUGCAUGGGGAAUGUUACGACUCGUGAUAGGGCGGAGGUGUUUCAGGAUACGUGGGACUCCCUAGAGAAGUCUGUCAGAGAUACGCUGGUUUAUGCACUCAAUCUUGAUGGUGUGAGUGGUGAGCCUGCAGUUCAGCCGACUUAUAUGCCUGCUUUUCUUAGCCGGAUUGGAGGCAAGUUACCGUUGGAUUGCGCUUUACGAUACCUUGCGCGCGUCAUGACUUUGCAGGAGCUUUUUGAUUCUUCAGUGCUUGUCAUUGAACGGAGUCUAUUAUCCGUUAUGAAACAUUAUGUUGAGAAUGGAGAGUUUGAUAGAGAUCCUACUGUUUUAGAGGGCAUUGAUGUACCCGAAGCAGUGGUUUCGGUCACCAUAUAA